AUGGGGUGCAAUAGUAGUCUGGCCAUGGUCUCCAUCCUGCAGCUGUGCUUGAUCAUCGGUGCCGCCGCCGCUGGCCCGAGCAAGAUGGUGAGGCUGGUGCCGGCGAUGUACGUGUUCGGGGACUCCACGCUGGACGUGGGCAACAACAACUACCUGCCGGGGCCGAACGUGCCCAGGGCCAACACGCCCCUCAACGGCGUCGACUUCCCCGGCGGCGCCCGGGCGACGGGGCGGUUCAGCAACGGCUACCACGUUGCCGACUUCAUCGCAAUGAGACUGGGACUGAAGGAGAGCCCGCCGGCGUACCUGUCGCUCGCGCCACGCCCCACCGCCCUGCUCCUCAGCGCUCUCGCCACAGGCGUGAGCUAUGCUUCUGCCGGAGCAGGCAUCCUGGACUCAACCAACGCGGGGAACAAUAUCCCACUGUCGAAGCAGGUGCGGUACAUGGAGUCAACCAAGGCCGCCAUGGAGGCCAGGGUGGGCAAAGCCGCGGCGCGCCUCCUGCUCUCGAGGUCCUUCUUCCUCUUCAGCGUCGGCAGCAACGACAUCUCCGUGUUCGCGGCCGCGCCGGGCGACGUCGCCGCGCUCUACGCCAAACUCAUCUCCGGCUACUCCGCGGCCAUCACGGACCUGUACGGCAUGGGCGCGAGGAAGUUCGGGAUCAUCAACGUGGGGCUUCUGGGCUGCGUGCCGGUGGCGCGGGCGCUCAGCGCGACUGGCGCGUGCAACGACGGGCUCAACCAGCUGUCGGCCGGCUUCAACGACAAGCUCAGGUCCCUCAUGGCCGGCCUCGCCGCCCGGCUGCCGGGCCUCGACUACUCCCUCGCCGACAACUACAACCUCUCGCAAGUCACCUUCGCCAACCCGGCGGCAUCCGGGUACGUGAGCAUAGACAGCGCGUGCUGCGGGAGCGGGAGGAUGGGGGCGGAGAGCGACUGCCUGCCUAACUCGACGACGUGUGCCGACCACGACCGCUUCGUCUUCUGGGACCGCGGGCAUCCCUCGCAGCGCGCCGGAGAGCUCAGCGCCGCCGCCUACUUCGACGGAGCGGCAGGGUUCACUGCGCCCAUCAGCUUCGACCAGCUGGCCCGGAAGAUUUUUGCUGGCCCGGAAGAUUUAGCUAGCUAUAGCUAG